AUGCCGACUCAGUACAUUGCAGAGGUCAACCAGUCCAAGGAGGACCGUGACAAGUUGCGCCAGAAUGAGUACUUGCUUCAGGUCGCGAAAGCUGUUGCAACCGGGGGCAAGCCUGAGUUCAAUGUUUGGACGACGACAUACGGACUCAACUGGGCCACCGACAUGCCCUCCCCUGGCUCGAUUGUCCCGUACAGCUGCACCUGGCAGAAGUGUGACCUGGGUUCUUCUUACACCCUCGACAAGGACGGCGAUUGGUCUGCCAAGCAGGAAAAUCCCAACGCAAAGCCCGACUCACUAAACUUUGCCUCCAAUGACUACGCAGUUGCAGUUCAUAUCCUGGUUGGUGUUCAAGACCCAGCUUCCAAGAAGUGGACUCCGAUCUGGGUUGGCAAGAACAUGCUCCUCAAGGGCGCCCACGGAGAAUACCAACUCAUUGAGACCGUCAACAUUUGGUAUCAGCAAGGCGAUCAGACAGCGACCAUGAUUUCCACCAAGGCCACAUCAUUUCAGUCGUACGACAUGCCGGGUGCGCGCCCCGUUUACUUUUCCUAUGAUGCCGUCAAAGGAAAAUGGCGUACCCCUGAUGACCAGCCGUUCGAGUUCCCUUGA